CUCAAAAAUGAAAUUGCAACAAUUUCGGGAGGGAGCUCGUGGAAAUGCUGUCCUGAGGCUGUACACUGCCAACAGCUUUGAUUCUGAACAGGGAAGAGCGUUGGCUUGCGCUGUAGGACGUUGCAGGUGAGGCCCCAUGGCUUCCGUCGCAGUGCUCACCAAGGGUGUCCUGGCUCAGGCUGCCCUCUGCAGCCAGGCAGACUCUGCUCUACCUAAAGCGGCGUUGAACGCGCCAAAGGUGCUGGGUUGCCCCUCGUUUGCGGGAAAGACGCUGCGGGUUAGGACAGUGUACAAUGUGGAGUCCAGGAGGAGUUUUUCUCUGAGGGCCAAAACGGGAGUUGAGGCAGAAACCGCAGCCCCUGCCCCUGCUGAGAGCGCAGUCCCUGCUGAAAGCGCCGCUGAGGACAGCAUUGUCCCGGAGGUUGCAAACCUCCAGGAAGAGGCAGAUACCACCGGUGUCGCCCCCAAGAAGCGGGUGGGCCCCCUGUCCAAGGGAGGAACCCUAAAGGGUGCGGCGGCCGCAGGCAAGGCCCCCUCAGACGCCACUCUUGGCAAGGUGCCUGCCCUCAGUGCGACAGGAAAGUUCCAGGACUCAAGAUGGAAGGACGGCAACUGGGAUCUGGCGCAGUUCACAAGUAACGGCAAGACGGACUGGGAUGCGGUGAUUGAUGCCGAGGUUGUGCGCCGAUCGUGGUUGGAGCGCAACCCCGAGGCGUCCACCAACGAGGACCCCGUCUUCUUUGACACCGGCGUCGUCCCCUGGUGGGCCUGGGUCAAGCGCUUCCACCUGCCCGAAGCCGAGAAGCUCAACGGCCGCGCCGCCAUGGUUGGGUACGCCGCAGCCUGGUUGGUCGACGCCGCGUCAGGCGUCGGGCUCGUAGAUCAACAGGGCAGCUUCUUCGGGAAGCUCCUGCUGCUGCUGACGGUCGUCGGUGUGCUCGUCGUCCGGAAGAACGAGGAUUUGACGAACAUCAAGGAGUUGGCGGACGAGUGGACUUUCUACGACAAGCAAUGGCAGGCGACAUGGAAGGACGGCCCCCCGUCCCCCCCGUCGGCAGGACAGGAAAAGAGCGAAGAGAAGAAGUGGUAAAAAAAUUGUGUGUUUGUAUCAUGGGACAUGAGUUUGGACGGCAGGUUUGACAGCUGAAAAAACGUGUUGGCAGUUUUGGCAGGAAGUAAUCGUCCGGACCGCAAUAAUGGAGAAGAGUGAUCAUAUGAAGUGCCACAUUGAAGGAACCAAACAGACCGUCAAUUUUUGGCAUUGUGCAGCAUAUUCGAGUUCGAAGGAUGUCAUUGUGAUCAUUGCUACCAUCACGUCUUUGCUGUUGCUAGCGGUCUCAAUCAAGGCGUGGGUUUUGGUUGUUUGAUCUCAUGUUGCCCAAAAAGAGGAAUCAGGUUGUUAAAAUGCAUCUCCUGUUGCAGCUGGAGCCGGGCAAUCUUUGCCGAACUUAAAUGUCCUGGUCAUUA